GUGUACUCCAACGUGCACGAAUUUUGCGAUUCGUGCACGGUGUGUGAAGCGGCGAAGGGCGCCUACACAGCGCCCUCAGGAGAAACGCACUCGCUUCCAGUACCCACAAAGCCGUGGGAUUCGAUUGGUAUGGACUUUCUGGGGCCAUUCCCUGAAAGUCAA